ACGGUGCAAAGCACGUAGGACUAUUUUGGUGUGUACACUCUGGUUACUGAGCCUUAUCAACAAUGGCAAAUUAUACAGUCAUGAUAAAGACUCACUGACAACAGCAGCUGCUUUUGUUGUGCGCGAAAGCUAUUAGAAGAUAAAAUACAAUGUAAUUAGAGCCAUAUUAUCAUAACAGCCAAUUAGAUUUGCAUAAGCCAUUCUUGCGCGACUCCGCUUCGCAAACAUACAUAUUAACCAGACAUGCACGCGUGGCCUCAAGGUUUGUUGUUUAACAACCAGUCAGGUGGUUACUCGGGUCUCAUAUCGAGGUUGUGAACAGCGAGUUGUCAAUUUGUCACAUCUGCGAGUGCGGACUUGUUAUAAUUGAGCCGUUCUUCGGUUAGCGCUGCCACAUGAACCUCAACUUCCAAGCCGAGUACUUUGAGCCUCCCGCGCCUUGCAAGUCCGCCUUCAUGGAGUUGCCUUCGACACCAGGUCCGCACAGUUACUCCAGCUACAAUCCUGUUCCUCCGAAUUACAACCCGUACACGGCGAUGCGUUAUUAUCAUCACCCUCCACCUAGCCAAGAUUACCCGCUCGCCUGCAACGCCAGAAAUUCCUUUCCGAUGCCGCCCGUGCUCAACCAUCACCCACUCUCGCAUCAUCCGUACUUGUCGCCUUCCAUACAGGGUUUUGGUGCGCCGCACGACUCUCCUCACGACGAUUUGAAAGGACCAUGUGACGAGCCGAGGCUAAACGGAAAGGGGAAAAAGAUUCGGAAACCACGAACAAUCUACUCAAGUUUUCAACUCCGAGAACUGAAUAAACGUUUCCAGAAGACACAAUACCUCGCUUUACCCGAACGCGCUGAACUAGCCGCAUAUCUCGGCCUGACGCAGACCCAAGUGAAAAUCUGGUUCCAGAACAGACGAUCUAAGUGUAAAAAGAAUGUCAAAGCAAACGAAGACAACUCGGUUGAUGGACCAAACAAACCGGAAAGCAGACCAGGAUCAUCAAACGGCUCUAACACAGACGCUUGGUCAAAUUCAGAGACUACCGGCACGGGAAGUCAUGACGCGGACACUCCAGCUAGCCUGGCGGUUUUGGCGAGUCAGUCUAAACAAGCUAUUCCAACGCCAACUUUGGGCCAGUGGUGUCUUAAGACUCCUUUCCUCACAGAGCGAUGCCAAAGAAUGUGAUCACUAUCAAUUUCAAGAAUGACUUUCAUGAAAAAUACUCAGUUGUAUAAAGUUAAGUGUACAGAGCGACGAGUUGGUUUAGGCUAGUUAAAAAACGUUUAUGCAACUAGUGGGAAGGUUAUCAGAAUAGAACACUAGUUAUGAUUCCCCAGAAAAUCUUGUUAAAGCUGUUAAGUUUUUAAUUUUGUAAAUAUAAUUUAUUUGUGUCAUAACCCGGCUAGCAUGUAUAAUUUAACUCAGAGUAGAAAUCUUUUAGUACAAGAGUUUUAAAUGUAGCUUUGAGUCUAUUCAUAUAGCAUAUGCUACUCAAGAGAGAACAGAUUGGAGCAUCAAUUGGUAAUUGGUCACACUGGUGACAGUUGAUGUCACCUUCACAUAGCUAAGAUGUGUAAACCGUCCUUAAAAUUCAAUACAUACACGUAUUAGCUUAUAUCGCAGAGAUAUUGGUAUAAUGUAGUCUCUUCACCGAACAACUAAAUUUCUUCCUCGAUCACAGUUUAAUUCUGUGUUAAAUGUUCCUAAAAUUUCGUCGAUGUGACCAGGCUGAUUGCAAUAAGCACCCAAUAUACGCGCCGUUUGUAAGUAUACCUCAAAAGGAGUAAUAGUUUAGAUUUCCUUAUAUCUAUUAUUUAAGAGAGUAUCAAUAACAUUUUAGCAAUGACACAGCAUCUGUUAAGUGAAUAAAGGACUCUUAUCAGUUAUAA